AUGCAGAUACCCAUUCGAUUCUUUACCUGCGGAGCUGUGACGUCGCUCUUAAUAGGGCAUAGCUACGGGGAGUCUUUUCGCAAUGAUAACCCACGCGAGGUGUUUCGACUGGAUGACGUGCGAUAUUCGGGGUCUAUAACCGGUGAAACCCCAGAGAAUGCUUGGAUGUCAUUCUCUCUUGGUAGUGGUCCGCAUCAAAGAGUUAUUUUCGACCUUGAACGAAAUGAUGACCUUUUCUCGCAGCCAGUCCUUGUGCGCAAUCUUGGGCAGGACGGUUCUGUGCAGUCGGUUCACACCGUUUCCGCAGGCAUUCAUCUAGCAUUCCGCGGUAGAGCGUGGGUUGAGCAAGGAAGAGGCGGUAGGACAGAGACAGGAGGACAAUCAGGGUGGGCAAGAGUGUCAAUUUUUGACAAAGACGGAGAACAGGUCGCAGAAGGCGCUUUUAGCAUUGGUGGUGCUGAAUAUCAUGUCAUGACCGAUUCCACAUACCGCAAAACCAUUUCCGUCGGGGAACCAGACAUUCCGUCCGAAGAGGGCCGGCCAUACAUGGUAGCAUGGAGAGAAUCCACGAAAGUAUCAUUGGACGAUCAAGAACUGAAGAAGCGACAGACGGAAAAUUCGACGUGUUCUAUCUCUGACGUUGAACUCAACCAAAAAGUGCUGCACAUGCCUCUUCACAGUGGGAAUCUCUUGACACGGCAGAACCGGGGCUUGAACAGUCUAAAUCUUGGUAGUUUGGUCGGAUCAACGGCAGGGUGUCCAAAGUCGAAGCAGAUUGCGCUCCUUGGCAUCGCUACUGACUGCUCCUACACAGCGCAGUUCAACUCGUCAGACGAGCUGCGCCAACAUAUCUUGUCCCAGGUGAACACGGCAUCUCGGCUGUAUGAGCAGAGCUUUAAUGUGUCACUAAGAGUUCAAAACAUAACAAUAAGUGAUCGAAACUGUCCCAGUAGCAGCAGUUCGAGCUCGACGCCUUGGAACCUGGGCUGUGGUAGCAAUACGGCCAUCUCGGACCGACUUCAACUCUUCACCACCUGGAGACAGGGUCUUGGGAGCGAUGGUAAUGCCGUGUGGUCCCUCUUCAGUACAUGCAACUCUGGGUCAACGGUUGGCAUUGCAUGGAUCGGGACCGUAUGUAGCGGCGCCAGCGGCCGCACUCAGGGGACUCCGGGAACCAACGUGGUUGUUCGGACUCGUUCGGAAUGGCAAGUUCUCGCACACGAAAUUGGACACAACUUUGGGGCCGUUCACGACUGCACCGAGGAUUGCGACUCGGGAUCCUCUGAGCGUUGUUGUCCUCUGAGCCAGAGCAGUUGUAACGCAAAUGGACAAUACAUUAUGAACCCGGCAUCUUCAACCAGGAUGACAGAGUUCUCGCCAUGUACCAUUGGAAACAUAUGUACGGCAAUGGGUCGGAACCUCAUCCGCACAACGUGCCUAUCAGGAAACGAGAAUGUGACGACCAUUUCGAGCGGCGUAUGCGGCAACGGCAUCGUCGAGCCUGGCGAAGAGUGCGACUGUGGAGGAACUGAAGGCUGCGGUGCAAACAGCCGAUGCUGUAAUCCGACAACUUGUCAAUUUGCCCAGGGCGCGGCGUGUGAUCCAUCCAACGACCAGUGUUGCACAUCACAAUGUCAGGUCUCGGGGCUUGGCAACGUUUGCAGAGCGAGCAUCGGGCCGUGUGAUCCUCAGGAAGUGUGCGACGGGUCAUCGCCGUCUUGUCCAGCAGAUGUUCGUCUCCCGGAUGGACAAUCUUGUGGCCAAGGCGGCAACGACACCAGAUGCGCGUCUGGACAAUGUACCUCGCGUAGCAUGCAAUGCAGUAUGGCCUUGUUCAACUCGACUGGCCAAUCCGGCAGCACUUCAGCUUGUAAUAGCAAUACUUGUCAGAUGAAUUGCUCACCCGGGGACUCACAGUCAUCGUGUCAAGUCACGGGCGCAGACUUUUUGGAUGGCACGCCUUGCGGCAGCUCUGGACAGUCUCUCUGUUACAGCGGCGAGUGUCGCGCGUCGGGAAACCGUGGAGGAGGAGGCGACAACGGCGGCGGCGGAACCAGUGCUUCGUCUUGGAUUGAUCAAAACAGGACCAUUUUCAUUGUCAUCGUGGUCGUGGGAUCUUGUGUCAUCUUGCUAGCAGCUUGGUGCUGCAUCGCAUGCAUCCGUCGAAGGUCGAGUCGCAGUCGCCGGGCAGAGACCAGUCAGGCAAGAAUGGCGACGCUGCAGCAUGAAGAGCCAACAUUGGGAUCGGGACAAUCCAUGCAUGUGUCCAUGUCACCACCACAUGGAUCCAUGGCCACCUACCCCAGACCUCCACCACCAUCUCGACUCUCACGAUCAACCACACUCACACACCGAUAUGCCUGA